GGCGCUGUUGAGCACGUGGGGGUGUGCUGCAAUUGACAGCAGAGCUACCUAGUACAGUGUGUGGGAACUCAGGAUACGGUUUUCCGUGCGUGUUGUGUUUAGUACCAGCAAUGGCCCUGUUGAAAUCUAGCAAGAUCAUCUCUACCGUCCGGGUACACCCUCCGUUGGGUGCGCUCUCCAUUCGUGCCAGCUCAUGGUGGUCCGAGGUGCAGAUGGGUCCCCCUGACCCCAUCCUGGGGGUGUCAGAGGCCUACAAGCGUGACACCAACCCUAAGAAGAUGAAUCUGGGUGUAGGAGCAUACCGUGAUGACCAGGGCAAACCAUAUGUCCUCAGCUGUGUUCGCAAAGCUGAAGCUCAGAUUGCUGCAAAGAAGCUGGACAAAGAAUACCUGGCUAUUGGUGGUCUGGGGGACUUUACCAAGGCAUGCGCCAAGCUGGCUUUGGGAGACAACAAUGAGGUUAUCAAGAGUGGCAGGAACAUCACUGUCCAAACUAUUUCUGGAACUGGGUCCUUGAGAAUCGGAGCCAACUUCCUGUCCCGUUUCCAUACAGAGGCCCGGGAUGUGUACCUGCCCAAGCCCUCCUGGGGGAACCAUACACCCAUCUUCAGAGACGCUGGGAUGCAACUGAAGGCCUACACCUACUAUGACCCAAAGACCUGUGGCUUUGACUUCCAGGGAGCCCUGAAUGACAUCUCUAAAAUACCUGAGAAAAGUAUCAUCAUGCUUCAUGCCUGUGCCCACAACCCCACAGGAGUGGACCCUCGGCCAGAGCAGUGGAAGGAGAUUGCUAACCUGGUGAAGAAAAGGAACCUCCUAGUGUUCUUUGACAUGGCCUACCAGGGCUUUGCUAGUGGUGAUAUUGACCGUGAUGCCUGGGCUGUCCGUUAUUUCAUUGAGCAAGGCCACAACAUUGUGCUCUCUCAGUCCUUUGCUAAGAACAUGGGUCUCUAUGGUGAGCGUGUUGGGGGCUUCACUGUCGUGUGUAAGGAUGCUGAGGAGGCCAAGCGUGUGGAGUCCCAGCUGAAGAUCCUCAUUCGGCCCAUCUACUCCAACCCUCCCAUGAACGGGGCGCGCAUCGCUGCCACCAUCCUCAAUACACCAGACCUGUACAAAGAGUGGCUGGGGGAGGUGCAUGGCAUGGCUAACCGCAUCAUCACAAUGAGGGAGCUGUUAGUGGCCAACCUGAAGAAGGAGGGCUCCACUCAGAACUGGCAGCACGUCAUUGAUCAGAUUGGCAUGUUCUGCUUCACAGGGCUGAAGCCUGAACAGGUGGCGCGCCUCACAAAGGAGUUCUCCGUCUACAUGACAAAGGAUGGGCGUAUAUCCAUGGCUGGUGUCACCUCUGGCAAUGUGGGUUACCUUGCACAAGGUAUCCAUGCAGUGACCAAGUGAGAUGGCUAACCAGGAGUCACACCGUAGUCACCACCAGAGGAAGGAGGGGUGGUAACGUCAGACAGGAAAAACAAAACAACUUAUGUAAAUGAACCCUCUCCUCUGCUUUCCUUUAGGGAAAGAAUCAAACAUAAUAAGAUACCAUAGGGUUAUUUUAUUUUGAAUUUUCUGUUGGCAUUGUCUAGAUAUUGUAUGUUGGACUAUCUGUGACUAGGUUUUUAAUGUGUGGUUCCCUGAAAAAAUAUCCAUGGAAUUCUUGAAUCUUUUUUUUUUUUUACCCUCCCUCAGACAUGCAUGCUGUGGUCAUGAGCUCAAAAUAUCUUGUGUAAGUCAUACUUGACAAUGAAAACUAACAAGCACAAUAUCACUGUUUGGAAUCAUGUCUUAUAUUGCAGCAUGUCCUCUCACUUGGCCUGAGCACACCCUGUCUCUAAGAACUGUGCUCAACUAUUGGCUGUGAUAUGGAACACCAAAGUAAUAAUGGUUAAGACAUUUUUCUAGAAAAUUCUUUACUAAAAAUACUGUCUCUUUAAGGUAAUUGUAUUGAAAUGUGCGUCUAAUUUAUUAAGGAUUCAUUUACAAAACCUUUUUCAAAAAAAUUUAAUGUCAGGUGCUGCAAACUUUUGUUUAAACUUUAAUGCCAGUGGAACCUUUCUAGGUGAUGGUACUGGGGUCAUGGCACUUGUUUUAUGUGGGAUGAUAUUUGCUGCAUGGAGUCCCUGGUUGUGAUGAUCCGCCAGCCACAAUGUGUGUUAAGGAUGUUAUUUUGCUGUUGUAACGGAAGAGCACUGUCUAACAAUCAACAACUGCCACAUCUCCCAUGGAUACAGUACCAUUUAAUUAAACAGAUUAUUUAUAUACACUACCGUUCAAAAGUUUUUUUUGUCCACUAAAAUAACAUCAAAUUGAUCAGACAUACAAUGUAGACAUUGUUAGGGUUGUAAAUAACUAUUGUAGCUGGAAACGGCUGAUUUUUAAUGGGAUAUCUACAUAGGUGUACAGAGGCCCAUUAUCAGCAACCAUUACUCUUGUGCUCCAAUGGCACGUUGUUAGCUAAUCCAAGUUUAUCAUUUUAAAAGGCUAGUUGAUCAUUAGAAAACCCUUUUGCAAUUAUGUUAGCACAGCUGAAAACUGUUCUGAUUUAAAGAAGUAUUAAAACUGGCCUUUAGACUAGUUGAAUAUCUGGAGCAUCGGAAUUUGUGGGUUUGAUUUCAGGCUCAAAAUGGCCGGAAACAAAGACUUUCUUCUGAAACUCAUCAGCCUAUUCUUGUUCUGAGAAAUGAAGGCUAUUCCAUGUGAGAAAUUGCCAAGAAACUGAAGAUCUGGAACAACGCUGUGUACUACUCCCUUCACAGAACAGCGCAAACUGGCUCAAACCAGAAUAGAAACAGGAAUGGGAGGCCCCGGUGCACAACUGAGCAAGAGGACAAGUACAUUAGUGUCUAGUUUGAGAAACAGAUGCCUCACAAGUCCUCAACUGGCAGCUCCAUUAAAUAGUACCCGCAAAACACCAGUCUCAACGUGAAGAGGUGACUCCGGGAUGCUGGCCGUCUGUCCAGUUCCUCUGUCAAGUGUCUGUUCUUUUGCCCAUCUUAUACUUUUAUUUUUAUUGGCCAGUCUGAGAUACGGCUUUUUCUUUGCAACUCUGCCUAGAAGGCCAGGAUCCCGGAGUCGUCUCAAUGUCAACAAUGAAGAGGCGUGUUUUGCGGGUACUAUUUAAUGAAGCUGCCAGUUGAGGACUUGUGAGGCAUCUGUUUCUCAAACUAGACACUAAUGUACUUGUCCUCUUGCUCAGUUGUGCACCGGGGCCUCCCAUUCCUGUUUAUAUUCUGGUUAGAGACCGUUUGUGCUGUUAAGUGAAGGGAGUAGUACACAGCGUUUUACGAGAUCUUCAGUUUCUUGGCAAUUUCUCGCAUGGAAUAUCCUUCAUUUCUCAGAACAAGAAUAGACUGACGAGUUUCAGAAGAAAGUCUUUGUUUCUGGACAUUUUGAGCCUGUAAUCAAACCCACAAAUGCUGAUGCUCCAGAUACUCAACUAGUCUAACAAAGGCUCAUUUUAUUGCUUCUUUAAUGAGAACAACAGUUUUCAGCUGUGCACACAAUUGCAAAAGGGUUUUCUAAUGAUCAAUUAGCCUUUUAAAAUUAUAAACUUUGAUUAGCUAACACAACGUGCCAUUGGAACACAGGAGUGAUGGUUGCUGAUAAUGGGCCUCUACGCAUAUGUAGAUAUUCCAUUAAAAAAUCUGCCGUUUCCAGCUACAAAAGUCAUUUACAACAUUAACCAUGUCUACACUGUAUUUCUGAUAAUUUUGAUGUUAUUUUAAUGGACAAAAAACAUGUUAUUGAAAGAACACAAGGACAUUUCUAAAUGAGCCCAAACUUUUGAACGGUAGUGUGUGUAAUAUAUGCUGUAUACUGUAUGAACUCUUUUGACUCUCAAUUUCAGGAGCAUGAAAGGUGUUUUGUUGCUUGCACAUUGCCGUUUACUCCCAUGCCCCCUGAUUUUCUUGAACAUCAUUGAAAGUCAAAUGUAAUCCUUAAGAUGCCCUCUGACUUUCAGUGGUGUACUGUACAUCACAGGCUGCUGGUGGCACCUUAAUUGGUGAGGACGGGCUCAUAGUCAUCACUAGAACAGAAUAAAUGAAAUGGUAUCGAAUGCAGCAAACACAUGUUUUCUAUGUUUGAUACCAUUUCAUUCACUCAAUUCCAGCCAUUAUUAUGAGCCGUCCUCCCCUCAGUAGCCUCCUGUGGUGUAUGUUUCUGAGGGGCCAUGGAAAGCACAGUUCAGGCGCCCUGUAACACACUUUCCCUCAAAGCCAAGCACUGGUUUUUACUUUGUGUUGUGAAAGAACAAGAUUAAUGGUGGACUCCACCUUGUACAUUAUGGAAUGCAGGGUCACAAAUGUUCUAAAGCAUGUCAGUAGAAGCUUUGAAUGGGUUUUCAAUCACCUGCUCUGAGGUUCCAGGACUCUGACACCAUGUGGUCUCGAGUUAGAAUUAUUAUUUUUUGCACAUUAGGUGGAAGCAUCUGUUUCUGUUCCGAAUAGACACCGAUUUUUAACUACUGUACCCCUGAUCUUUUUCUGGCCAACAUCACUAUCCACAUCUGUUUCAUAGAUUCAUUAAACCGAAGUUAAUUUGAAUGGUACAAAUCUGAUCAUCGUGAUUGUGCACUGUAAUCUUCUGAGUUUCUCAGAUUUCGGUAAUGUCAGACCAGUGUAAGUUCUCUGUAAAAUAAAAAUGGUUGCACAGUU